GCUGGAGCUGGGGUGUCACCGCUGCUCCGGCGCCCUGGGUGAGCCUCGGGGCCCGGCCGGCCUCGGGGUUCCCUCCCGCACCGCCUGGGGCAGCAGGAGGGCGCGCAAACUUUCCCCCCUCAGCCGGCCCUGCGUCUCCAAAGGCGCGCGGGGUGGGUGAGCGCGGGACGCAGCCCCGGGAUCAGCGCCCACCCGCGCUGGCAGCUUGAAGAGCGCGUUGGAGAAAGGCCCAGCUAGUGCCCACCCCUCUGCGGCAGCUGCUCUCCCCCUUGGGAAUGGACCAUGGAAUGUUCUCUAGCUUGAUCAUGAGCAAGACCCUCCUGCUCUUCUGCAUGUCCAUGAACUUGGCCAGUCACUUUGGCUUUUCGCAAAUGCCAGCGGGCUCAGUGAAGGACGAGACCAAUGACAACAUCACCAUAUUCACGCGCAUCCUGGAUGGCCUCCUGGACGGCUACGACAGCAGAUUGCGCCCCGGGCUUGGAGAGCGAAUCACACAGGUGAGGACCGACAUCUACGUCACAAGCUUUGGGCCAGUGUCAGACACAGAGAUGGAAUACACCAUCGAUGUGUUCUUCCGGCAAAGCUGGAAGGAUGAGCGGCUGCGUUUCAAGGGCCCGAUGCAGCGACUGCCACUCAACAACCUCCUGGCCAGCAGGAUCUGGACGCCCGACACCUUCUUCCACAACGGCAAGAAGUCCAUCGCGCACAACAUGACGACGCCCAACAAGCUGCUGAGGCUGCAGGACGACGGCUCCCUGCUCUACACCAUGCGCCUGACCAUCUCUGCAGAGUGCCCGAUGCAGCUGGAAGACUUCCCCAUGGAUGCCCACGCCUGCCCCCUGAAAUUUGGCAGUUAUGCGUACCCUAACUCUGAGGUUGUCUACGUGUGGACCAAUGGCACCACAAAGUCCGUGGUGGUGGCAGAAGAUGGCUCCAGAUUGAACCAGUACCACCUGAUGGGGCAAACAGUGGGUGCAGAGAACAUCAGCACCAGCACAGGUGAAUACACCAUCAUGACAGCCCAUUUCCACCUCAAGAGAAAGAUCGGCUAUUUCGUCAUCCAGACCUACCUGCCCUGCAUCAUGACUGUCAUUCUGUCCCAGGUGUCCUUUUGGCUCAACCGAGAAUCCGUCCCGGCCAGGACUGUGUUUGGGGUGACAACAGUGCUAACAAUGACCACACUCAGCAUCAGCGCUCGCAAUUCUCUGCCCAAAGUGGCCUACGCCACCGCCAUGGACUGGUUCAUUGCCGUGUGCUACGCCUUUGUCUUCUCGGCCCUGAUUGAGUUUGCCACCGUCAACUAUUUCACCAAGAGGGGCUGGGCCUGGGAUGGCAAGAAAGCCUUGGAGGCCGCCAAGAUCAAGAAAAAGGAGCGGGAGCGUUUGCUGAACAUGGCCAACAAUGCUUAUAAUGCUGAAAAGAUGGUCCAUCCCCCGAAUAUUCCCAAGGAACAAACCCCAGCAGGGGCCCUGGAUGCAUCCUCAGGCCUGGUGAAAGCCCCAGAAGAGAAGGUUCUAGAAAACAAAAAGACUUACAACAGCAUCAGCAAGAUUGAUAAGAUGUCCCGUAUUGUCUUUCCCAUCUUGUUCGGUACCUUCAACUUAGUCUACUGGGCGACCUAUUUGAAUCGGGAGCCAGUGAUUAAGGGAGCUGGUUCACCAAAAUAACCAAGAUAUACAUUGCCCUGCAAACAGGUACCCAGCUGAAGGGGGACUCCAGAACCUUCUCUCAGUAGGCUUUCUCUCGAUUCUCUUUCAGGACAUUUUUGCAUGUUCCAUAAUGUGUACAAAUAAUAUUGCCUUGACCUUUCUAUAUAUAAAUGUCAGACGUUUCCAAGAGGUUACCUUGAUUCUAAAGUGGGGGAGCAGAAAUCUUUCUAGAACAUCAGGAUAAAUGCCAGCUCCCGUCCUCAGAUACCCAGUGCUUUGCAACAAUCAUUUUCAAACUAGAUAAGUCUAUUUUUAAUGACACCGAGAGUUACUGAGCAACAUUUUUUCUACUUCCAACAUCAUUUCAUACAAAUUUUCCCAGCAGAGAAAUAUUUUACCAAAUGCUCCGUGAUAACACAUUAACCAGCACUAGUCAUUAACAGAGACCACAGAUCCCAUUGACUCAAGGAAAACCGGCUGCAUCGAAGACCAUAAUGAAUGGCUUUGGAGAACUCGUCCUGUCCAGUAGUCAGAUGACAAUUGCAUGAUCUCACGUUAAGAAAUAACAUAGCAAAUAUUUAUGCAGACAAAUUGAAUGACCGAAAUAAUAGGGUAUGUUAGAUUCAUACUUCAAACCUUUUCCCCAAGGAAAAAUUGAACUGCAUAAAAAAAUUUUU